CUAAUUAAUUCUGUCUCCUAUAUUGUGGUUUAAUAUAUCAAUAUCAUCCUUGAAUAAGCUUUUGUGUAUGCUGAGAUCUAGGGAUGGUCCUCCAGUGGAAUCCUGAAACAAAAGACACGAUUCUGAAGGUAUUGGGAGUAGCUAUUGCAUCUGUGUUGAGCCUGGUUUCCCUUCUCCAGGGCUCUUCUUCUGCAGAAGAUCACCAGAUUUUAUCAGAUCUGGCAUAUUUUCAUGCAGAAGAAGUAUUAUCUGGUCACUUGCCUCUGAACUUCUAUGUACUUACAUUUGCCACAAACGUCCUUAUUGUCUGUUCAGGGGCGAUCAUAGUCCUUUUGUGGUCAAUUCCUUGUAGACCACUUGUGAUCUAUACGCUGAUUACUGUUGGUAUUCUUUAUGCAUUGUUAAUGGUUAAAAUUACGCCCAAAUUCGCGGUUAGAGUUUUGGGCCGUGAAGUUUCAAGUUACGCUCUUGUAUGGUCAUUGGCUCUGACCUUCAUUUUCUCCACCUUUAUGGCGUACAAUUCUUUGAUAUAUGCUUGUUUGGGUCUCUCCAAACUCGGUACUUGGCUAUUUGCAAAACUGAAGCUAGACACUGCCUGGAAUUGUUUCUGUUCUAUUCAACAGAAACUUGUAGCUGUCAUGUCCAACUCUCUGCGCUCGGUGUGUAGUUGUUGGGAGACUUCUUGAGACAGUAUUAAGCUUGGAAGAAGCAUUUAAUUGUGAAGGAAACAGCUAAUGACGGAGAUUGAAAGUGUUUACUUCGUUCCCAAAUCUAAUAAAAGCGUGUACCUUUUCUCUCUAUGCCAUUCUAUAUUGAACAGUAUACUUUUUUAAAUUUUAUUUUAUCCACGCUUCUUGGACAUUUUAAGAUUUGGGGAUCAAUGCUACUCAGUAUGAACAAUAAUGCAUGCAAGAGAUGUGUAUGCAAACAUAAAUUAUUUUGUUUUAGUUUAAAAUUUCCAUGGAUGGACAACUAUA